CCUUCUUUCUUCUUUAGGCAAACAAAUCGCAAGUGUUUUUCCCUAUUCUUUAUGUUUUAUUUUUUUCACUUUGUGACUUUUCUUUGUAAUAUGUCAUUAGUGACCGUAGGUGCAACCUUUAUUCAUAUUUUUUUUCUAAGCUGGAUCUCAGAUUUUAAUUGGACACAACUGAGCAAAUGCAAGCUCAAAUGGAUGGCAUUAAGGCUGAGGAGAGUCGAACCAACUUGAUCGUGAACUAUCUGCCUCAGACGAUGACUGAUCGUGAACUGCAGAGCAUGUUCAUCACCAUUGGACCCAUCAAAAGUUCCAGAGUUAUGAAAGACUAUAAAUUCAUGGUUAGAGUUAACUCAAUGUUGUUGGCUUCCACUUGCAGAGAUGUCACUGAGGAUCAGUUGGAAGAUAUGUUUUCCAAGUUUGGGAUGAUUGUUCAGAAGAAUCUCCUCAAGGAUAAGAGCACAGGUUUACCUCGAGGAGUAGCAUUUGUGAGGUAUGACCAGAAGCAGCAAGCUGAGGCAGCUAUCCUAGGUAUGAAUGGGAAAGUGCCAACAGGGGGAAUUGAGCCCCUCCUUGUUAAAGUGGCAGAGGAGCAUGGAAAACAGAAAGCAGCAUUCUAUGCUGGAUGGACAGCAGGCCUUCAGCAACAGAAAGCAAGGGGGAUGGGGCCGAACCGCUACGCCGGGAUGGGGCGGGCCGGGUGGGCGGGAGGUGGCCCGGCUCCCACAGGAGCAAUGGGACGGGGCGGAGUGCAGGGCUUGGGUGCCAUGAAGACAGAUCGCAUCAACAACCGAUACAACCCCAUUGGGUUUGGUGGAGGCUACAACAUGUACAACUGGAGCUGA